GGCAACGGGGGGGCGGGAACAGGAAGUGGGGAUAGGCCGAGUUCCGGGCGCGAGGCGGCCACUGGGAAGAGGAGAGCGCGGCAUCUGGAAACUGCAAAGUCAGAGCCGCGAUGUUCCGGAUUGAGGGCCUCGCGCCGAAGCUGGACCCGGAGGAGAUGAAACGGAAGAUGCGCGAGGAUGUGAUCUCCUCCAUACGGAACUUUCUCAUCUACGUGGCCCUGCUGCGAGUCACUCCAUUUAUCUUAAAGAAAUUAGACAGCAUAUGAAGACUGGACAUCUCAUAUGAAUGCACGAUAUGAAGAGCCUGGUUACAGUUUCGACUCCUCUCUGCAAGUGAAUAGGCCCAGAAAGGUGUAAGAGACUCUUUGAAUGGACAUAAAAUUCUGCUUGUUAAGAACAAGUUUGGCUCUGGUAACUGAUAUUCAAAGCUAAAAUUUAAAACUAUUUGGGAAGUAUGAAAUGAUAUCAUGAUCUGGUGUACCCUUAUCCCUGUGGCAUUUCGCCUCUGACAAUACUGGUAUAAUUGUAAAUAAUGUCAAACUCCAUUUUCUAGCAAGUAUUGAGGGAGCUGUGUCUGAAAUGGCACUGUCUUGUCAGUCAUUUCUGUUUACCUUUUCUGCCCAGAGUGUAUUUGUGAAGAGUCUCUUAAUAGUUAUGUUUUGUGGAAAUCAACUCACAACCACAACGACUUUUAAGCACAGGAUCAUUAGUCUAUGUUUUUAAUAAACAUAUCGAUUAAGAAAAA